CUGGUUGGGGGUGCUGGCAGCCAGAGGGAGGGGCAGAAAAGGAGGGCUUCAGAAGCCAGCGGCCUCCCAAAGACUGAGAUGGUGUGGGGAAGGAAGACCCCCAGAGACCUUCCCAACAGACUGGUGCCCCUGUAUCAGCCCCCAGCCCCAGGGGCCCUCCUCAUGCUCAUGCUCAUGCUGAUGCUGCCCCCAGCCCUCUGCAGCCCUGGCCCCAGGGUGCCCCUCAUUGGAACCCUUAGACCUGGAGCCCAGGUGCUGCCUGAGGCAAUCCCAGGCACCCCCAAGCCCCUAAGAGGAGGUCGAGGGCCAAAGCCAGUGCUGUCACCUCUGCUCCAGGCCCAGGCCGGGUCCCAGACUGGGUCCCAGGGCAAACUGGGCCAACGGGAAAGCACCCGAGGCCAGAGUCUGAGCAAGGGCCACAGGAGGGCCAAGCCAGAUUGCCACCUGCGCACAGAACUGGUGAAGGUGCACGAGCUGGGUCUGGGCCAUGACUCUGACGAGCUGAUCCGAUUCCAGUACUGUAGCGGCUCCUGCCCAAAGGUCCGCUCCACCCAUGACAUAAGCUUGGCCCACCUGCUGCGCACUGGCCGGCUCCGCCUCCCUGCCCAGCCUGGCAGAGGCUCCGGCCGCGUGCUCACCCACCCCUGCUGCCGGCCCACAGCCUACAAAGCCGUCUCCUUCAUGGACGUCAGCAACACCUGGCGCACGGUGGACAGCCUCUCUGCUGCCGCUUGUGGGUGCCUAGGCUGA